AUGAGAAAGUCUGCCGUCCUGCUUUUGUUUAUCCUUGUUUCGACGGCGACGUAUCUUCUGUUACUUUCUUCCUUAUUUCCUACAAGAAAACGGAAGCUGAUGAUCGUAGAGCGCUAUUACUCUAAUCGUACGGGAAAGCACUGCGAUGUUCGAUUUGACUGGGGCGAAAUGUGUCCUAAGUUAUUCACAGAACUCGGAGGGAGAUGCGACUUGAUCAAUGGAGCAUUCUACUGUCCCGACAUUCGCCAUCAAACAAAGACCACUACGCGACAAGCACAGCUUGUCAUGACACGAAUGUUGCGUGUCUUCCAUCUACUCGCUCAGAAGCACGACCUCACGUACUGGCUUGGGCAUGGAACCUUACUGGGCGCCGCCAGACAUAAAGGGUUUAUUCCUUGGGAUGAUGAUAUAGACAUUUUCAUGCCUCUGGAAGAUUAUAUAACUUUUUUUCAAUCUGUAGCAGAGGAACUCCCUGAGGAUAUUUUCUUCCAAAACGUGGUCAGCGAUCCUGCGCUCCAACCCAAAGACGAGGAAGUUAAAACGUAUGGAUUACAUCAGCACAAAAUUGUCGGGAUUUAUGAACGAUCGUGGAACCCUAGACUUAGGGACAGGAAUAGUUGCUAUAGAUACUGCAAGGCAUUUAAUUGCAGUUGGCACGAUGGCUUAAUGCUUGAUAUCUUCGUCAACCCAAUUGUAAGCUGGUCGGUCUACCCUCUCAAGCUUAUGGAAUUCGAAGGAUUUCUGUUUUUUGUUCCUAGCAACUGGAAGAAGGAGUUAGUUGGUAUGUAUGGAAAAAAAUGGUUUGAAUUUCCAACUGAUAAAAGGCCUGGUGGAAACCUGGAUACAUUUCACGGUUGCGAAAAACUUAAAAGAUGA